AUGGCUGGGGACAAGACACGUCCGAGCAAAGUCGCAGUAUGGACAACUCUCAUCACGAACAUCGCCUAUCUGCCGGGCCUUCUGACUCUGGACUACUCGCUCAAGAAAGUGGGCUCCAAGUAUCCACUUGUGGCUCUGUACACAGAUUCAUUCUCGGCCGAGGGCCACAAGGCCUUGGAUGCGCGCGGUAUCCUCAAGCAGCAUGUUCCCCAGCUGCUGCCAUCCAUACCAAGAGAAUAUAAAAAUGACCCACGUUUCUAUGACUGUUGGUCAAAACUUGCCUCGUUCUCCCUUGUGCAAUACGACCGUCUGGUUCAGCUCGACAGCGAUAUGCUUGUUCUCAAAAACAUGGAUGAACUGAUGGAAUUCGAACUCGACCCGCCCUCUGCUGCCGGUAAUGGCAAUCGAGUCUUUGCAGCUAGUCCUGCUUGUGCUUGCAAUCCGCUCAAGAAGUCCCACUAUCCUUCAAAUUGGAUCCCGGCGAAUUGUGCCUACACCACUCAACACUCCACCCCGGACAUCGCACAAACUACUGGCCCGGGAUCGGACGCUGGCUUGGGCAUACUUAACGGCGGCCUUCUAGUCAUAAACCCGUCGAAGGAAAUCUACGACAAGAUUGUGAACCAGCUCGCCACCCCGGCCACGUUAGAAUAUGAUUUCCCGGAUCAAAACCUCUUGGAAGAUAUCUUCCGCGGACGUUGGGUAUCACUUCCGUACAGUUACAAUGCGUUGAAGACUCUUCGGUGGGAGGGAGUGCACGAUGCCAUCUGGCGUGAUGAGAGUGUGAAGAAUGUGCACUACAUCUUCAGUCCGAAGCCCUGGGAUGAGUGGGCAGAAGGCAAGACGGCCCACAGCAAAGAUGCAUUGCAUGCCUGGUGGUUUAAUGUGAACGGAGAGAGGUUAAAAGAGGAGGAGGAGAAGGGCAUCAAGGAUGAAUUGUGA